AUGAGGACGAAGCAAGCGGCGCUGCUUGUGCUGGCGCUUGUUGGCGUGCUGGCUGUCGUGGGCUGCAUGCAGGGGAUGACUGGUGCACAUGCUGCACCCGUCCGCACCGCUGUCGAGGACACGGACACAGACAACGCUGCUGCUGCCGAUGCUGCCGAUGCUGCCGAGAGCACCGCCCCACCUGCAGAUGAUGCGCCAGUGGACGCAGACAGCGCGCAAGACACGACCGACGCUGGCACAGACAACGGCGCAGCCAAGCCUGUUCCCGUGAGCAAGGAUGAGCCCUACAAGGCCUACGACCCGUACGACCCUUACGACUACGACGACUAUGACUACGGAGAGUAUGAGGAGCUGUACAACGAGCAAUAUGACCUCUACGCCGACGAGCAGCUCGACCUGAAGGAUGAAGAAAGCUAUGUUGGCGGUGAUGAGGAUGACGACGCAGACCCAGAUGUCAUGUCCGUGCGCAAGGAAGCUGCCGAGAAGCGCAGAAAGGCCGAUGAGGAAGAGUAUCAGCGGUAUCUUGACGAGAUGAUGGAGGAGAUGGCGCGUGACUCAGACCUCCGUGAAGACCUCAUUGAAGACAUUCAGGGGGUGCAGGAGGCCGAGCGGGCGCCCGGCGAUAAGGACAUUCUCAAGAUUGCCCUUCGCCUCAAGAACGAGGAGCGCGUGCGGAACAUCAUCGAGGAGAAGGAGCGGCAGUUGCUUGAGGCGCAGCGCCACGAAGCGCGACGGCGGGCAGAGGCGCGGAUGCAUGUUCCGCGGCCGCAUGAUGCAAUGCCAGAAGGCGGAGAGGAGGAAGACGAGGAUCUGUUUCUUGACCCCGAGGCCGCGUUUGACAAACUUACCGAGAUUGUCAAACGCAGGGCCGCUGUUCUCGGCGAAAUCGACACGAAGCGCCGUGCAGCAUUCUUGCAGAAGGAGAUGAUGCGCGAGUUGGAGUUUCGGCGCUCCGUUGCGCACGAGAAAGAUCCCGAGAAGAAGAAGCAGCUCAUCAAGAGCCACAAGCAAAAGAUCGGUCACGCCAAGCAGCUGAAUGAGGUGUGGGAGAAGCAGGACGGCAUGCAGUCGAAGUUCAACCCAAAGGUGUUCUUUUCGCUGCACGACAUCAACGGCGACGAUUUCUGGGACCACAAGGAGCUGGAGGCCAUCUUCCACCGCUCAGCCGUCAAGCUGCACACCAUCGACGGGGAGACGGAUACGGAUGCCGUUGAAGAGGAGAUGCUCGACAUGCGCGCUUGGGUCAUGAAGGAGGUCGACACAGACAAGGAUCAGCUUGUGUCACGUGACGAGUUCAUCACAUUUGCAAACUCGCCCGAGUUCCAGACCAACCGUGACUGGAAGGCCGUCUUCCCGGACUUCAACGGCACGGAGCUGAAGGAGUUCAAGGACCGCGCGAGAAAGGCAGGCGACCCGCGCCAGGAACACGUCCAAGCACGCGUUGCUGAGGCGAGCAAGCGGUUCAAGGACAAGUUUGCGAAGACGAUGAAGCUCGGCACCAACGCGCUCAAGGAGGCCAUCAAGCCGUUUGCGAAGGUCGGCGGCAAUAAGAAGCCGGCUGCUCAGGGCGAUGAGGGCGCCGCUGCCAACGAACAACAACAGCAGCAGCAGCAACAGGAGCAGAAGUGAAGUUACAUUCGUGCGUUGCGGUGCAGAGCUGCACACACUUAAGCGCCCCACUUGUGCACGUUGUGAUGGCGUGAUGGCUUGCUCGCUUCCUUGUUUGAGUUGGCUUGCUUUUUUGCGGGGCUGCGAACCUGCCCUGCUGUUAGCUUGAUGGUGUUUGGGUGUUGGUUGUUUUCAAUUUGCAGUACACACGCACGUGCAUGCAAGCAAAGCAAGCCCAAGUGGCGGACAAGAAAGCAGCUUAAUUACAGUUACACAAAAGCAUGAACAUUGCACGAA